AGAGUGGUCCCUGGAGCCCCAGCAGGUCCUGGAGGGUGAGGAGCAGCUGUCAUGAUCUCUACAGCACCUCUGUACAGCGGGGUGCACAACUGGACCAGCACAGAGCGGAUUCGCAUGUGUGGCCUCAACGAGGAGAGGAGAGCCCCCAUUUCUGAUGAGGAGUCAAAAACGAGCAGCUCCCAGCACUUGGGGUCUCAAGAGUUUUGUGUCAGCAGCAGCCUUUCCGAGGUGGAGCUCACAGCAGUCAGCGGUGGUGGCAGCAGUGCCCAGGGGCUGGAUGCUGAUGGCAAGGUGGAGGAAAAGCUUGGACCCAAACUGGAGGAGCAGCCACCUGAUCCCAACCCAAACCUGGAGCGUGUGGGAAAGACUGUGACAGAUGACACCCUGGGCCCUCUGGCAGGUCAGGGGGAUGGCAGAGGGCAGGAGCCAGCGACCCCCAGAGCUGUGGAGCAGGAGAGCAGCGGUGCUGAUGCUGCCUGGACGCCGGCUGAUCCUCCCAGCGACAAGCAGGCUGAUGCUGCCCCAGCCUGCUCCGUGCCUCCGGAGAGUGAGGCUGCUGGGAGUGAGAAGGCCCCCCCGAGCACUGCAGCACCGGGGCCAGGCGUGCUGGCAGAAGGGACAUUGUCUGUGGUUGUCUCCAGCUGCAACACCUCUGCCUCCACUCCCGCCACCUUCACACUGAACAGGGUUUGCUUUCCCGCCUCUCAGGCCCCUGCUAUGCAAAAGCUGCCCCUGUCCUUCCAGGCUGGGGCCGUGCUGAGCCCCAGCCAGUCUCUGGUGUACAUCCCCCCGCCCAGCUGCGGGCAGCCCCUCAGCGUGGCCACGCUCCCGGCCACCCUGGGGGUCUCCUCCACACUCACCCUGCCCGUCCUGCCCUCCUACCUGCACGAGCGCUGCCUGCCGGGCAUCAUCGCUUCCCCAGAGCUGCGUUCCUACCCCUGCACCUUCUCUGUCACCAGGCCCUUGGCUUCGGAUGCCAAGGUGGUGUCUGUGGAGGUGAAUCAGCUCAGCUGCCCCCCACCCUCGGGCGGAAGCAGCGCCCAGGCUGCGGCCGAGAGCGCUCCCCUGCCCAGCAGCGGCCCGGCCCUGCCCUCCAGCCAGGCUCUGCCGGCAGCAGCAGCCCCAGCUGGGAGCAGCGCUGCUCCCUCCUCUGGCACCGCCGUGCAGGCCAGAGCCCCGGCGGCUCCCGAGCCACACGCACCGGGGGCUGCCACCUCCCUGUCCCCCCUCAAGUCCCCUCCCCAGCUAGAGCGUGAGAUGGUCUCAUCCCCGGAGUGCAGCGAGAUGCCUCUGGAUCUCUCCUCCAAGUCCAACCGGCAGAAGCUGCCUCCCCCCAGCCAGCGCAAGACGCCCCCCAUGCCCAUCCUCACCCCGGUGCACACCAGCGGCAAAGCGCUGCUCACCACCGUCCUCUCCAAGUCGCAGCGCGCGGCGCAGGCCACGGGCAGCAGCGUCACCUCGUGCCUCGGCACCGCGCCGCCCCUGGUCAUCUUCCCCGAGUUCCUGCGCAACGGCGAGCAGGGCUCCUGGGUGAAGAACACCACGCUCAUCAGCACCAUCCCCGGCACCUACGUCGGUGUGGCCAACCCGGUGCCGGCCUCGCUGCUGCUCAGCAAGGACGCGGGCGUGAGCCUCGGCAGGGACCCGCGCCACCUGCCCAAGCAGGAGCCCAUCUCCAUCAUCGACCAGGGCGAGCCCCGCGGCGCCGGCGUCCCCUGCGGGAAGAAAGCCAACCAGGCUGGCACGGAAGGACAGCAGGAUCCUGCCAGGAGACUCCUUCACGCCAGAGUUGCUCCAGGAGCUCCUUUGUGCCAGUCCAAGGACAUCGCCGCCUGGAAUCCCGUCCAGGGAAGCGUGUACCCGCGAUGCCCCAUCAAUGGCAAACCUUCCAACCCCCAGCUCCUGCCUCUGGGCUGGUCUCCGUACCAUCAAACCCCGCUGCUUUCCAUCGGCAUCUCGGCGGCAGGGCAGCUCCCCCCCCCCCCCCCCCCCCCCCCCCCCCCCCCCCCCCCCCCCCCCCCCCCCCCCCCCCCCCCCCCCCCCCCCCCCCCCCCCCCCCCCCCCCCCCCCCCCCCCCCCCCCCCCCCCCCCCCCCCCCCCCCCCCCCCCCCCCCCCCCCCCCCCCCCCCCCCCCCCCCCCCCCCCCCCCCCCCCCCCCCCCCCCCCCCCCCCCCCCCCCCCCCCCCCCCCCCCCCCCCGGCUCUCCAGACCAGCGCGCUGGAUGGGAAAGGGGGGAAGGGGAAGCUGGACAACGCUCCAAAGAGUCAGGAGUGCACUCAGCCGGAGGCUGGCUCCGGUCAGGACAGCAGUGCACAGACUGAGGCUCCCCAGGGAAGCUGUAGCCUCAAACAGUUGGAUGCAAAGCCCAAAAGCCAAGUGUUGGCGGCGUACUUGUCGCACGAGGUGCCGGCGGCGGGGCAGCAGGGCCUGCGGGUGGUGCCCGAGGUGCCCGCGGACGGGCAGCGCAAGGAGCCGGGCUGCGAGGGCUCCCAGGAGCCGCCGGCCACCGAGCCCCUGCCGUGCGGGCAGCAGGUGGAUCUGUGCAGGGUCAAGAAGGAGCGAGUGGAGUGCGAGGUGUCCUUUCCCUCGGUGACCUGCCUGCGGGCCGGGGCGGCUCCCCAGGCCUUCCCCGAGGCCAAGCUCAAAGGAACGGGGCAGAUCAAGCAGGAGGGUGGCACACGCUGCAAGGCCAAGCGGCAGCAUGACGGGGACACCAGGCAGAGCCACAAGAGACUGAAGUGCCAAGGCCAGGACAGCGAGGAGUCCCCAAGCAAGGCGGGAAGCCGGAGCGUGCAUGGCAGGAAGUGGCAAAAACACCACGACAAUCCACGUGAGCUUGGCAAGCAGGAGGGCCGGGGCAGCCUGGGUGCCACCACGGAUCACAACAGCCUCAGGGUAAAGCGCAAGCGCCGGAGGGCAGCCAAGACAGAGUGCCCAUCUCCGGCUCACCGCGGGGACAGCCACGAGGAAGGGUACUUGGAGAAGAAGCCCAAGAACAAUUUCCGGGAUUUCAUCCCGGUGGUGCUGAGCAGCCGGACGCGCAGUCAGUCGGGAAGCAUCGCUGGCUCUUCUGCUGGUGUGACGGGAGAGUGUGAUGUGAGUGGUCAGGAGACUUCAGCAUUGCUGGAGGAGGAUCAGGAAGAAGAGGAGGAGGAGGAGGAAGAGGAGGAGGAGGAGGAGGAGGAAGAGACAUCCUUGAAACAUCGCAAGCUGCGCAAAUCGCACAGGACAUCCCGCUGCCACAGCCGCAGGGACAGGGACAGGGACAGGGACAGGUCUGUGUCCGAGAGGAGCAGCUGUCACACCAGGAGGAGCCGGGAGCUGCCCUGGAGAGCAGAAUCUCCCAGGCAGCUGUGGGAGCCCAACGAGGAGGAGGAGGAGGAGGAGGAGGAUGGCCACACCAAGAGGAAGAAAAGGAGACGGCAGAAAAGUCGGAAGUACCAGACGGGGGAGUACCUGACGGAGCGGGAGGAGGAGCAGGUGGGGUAUCCCCACCGGAGGCGGAAAUCCAAAGCAGACUGCAGGCACCGAAAGCAGAAGGAGUCUGGGAAGGGCAAAGGCACAGAGCUGCAGCUGAGGAGCAGGCUGUCCCCAUCCCCCAGGAAAUCUCAAGCACGCACGGACUUUCGGAAUGGCUUCUUCCUGGAGCACUCUGACAGCUCUCCUGUCCAAGAAGAGCUGGAGAAACCGUCAGGAAAACGCAAAUGUAAAACCAAACACCUGGCAGGGAUCUGUGACGAGGGGAAGGGGAAAGGCUGCUGCAACCAGCCCAAAACGUGCUCUCUGAAGAAGCCCCAGGACUCGUGCGCGCUCUGUAAGUCCCACGGGGCCAGCGCGUGAGGAGCUUGUCCCCCGCUGCCCGUGGCCAGCCCCCCCCAGGAGAACACCCCCAGCCGGCCCAUGCCGCCCGAGGCGCGGCGCCUCAUCGUCAACAAGAACGCGGGGGAGACGCUGCUGCAGCGAGCGGCUCGCCUGGGCUACAAGGACGUGGUGCUGUACUGCCUGCAGAAGAAGAGCAGCGACGUGAACCACCACGACAACGCGGGGUACACGGCCCUGCACGAGGCGUGCGCGCGCGGCUGGAUCGACAUCCUGCACGUGCUGCUGCAGCACGGCGCCAACGUCAACUGCAGCGCCCAGGACGGCACCCGGCCUAUCCACGAUGCGGUGGCGAAUGACAACCUGGAAACCAUGUGGCUUCUCCUUUCCUAUGGUGCUGAUCCCACUCUGGCCACAUACUCUGGGCAGACGGCAGUGAAGCUGGCCACCAGCGACGUGAUGAAGCGCUUCCUCUGUGAUUACCUGUCAGACCUGCAGGGCCGCAGUGACGGGGACCCUCGGACAGCCUGGGAUUUCUACAGCAGCUCCGUGCUCGAGGGGAAGGACAGCAUCGGCUGUGACCUGCUGCUCAACCCUCCAGGGAGCUCAGACCAGGAGGAAGAGGAACAAGAGGCAGAUAACUUCAUGUUUGAGUUCUCAGACAAGCCGCUGCUUCCCAGCUACAACCUGCAAGUGUCCGUGUCCCGGGGGCCCUGCAACUGGUUCCUGUUCUCCGAUGUGCUCAAGCGCCUGAAGCUGUCCUCACGCAUAUUCCAGGCUCGCUUCCCGCACUUGGAGGUGGCCACGCUGCCCCGGGCAGAGUUCCAGCGGCAGGUGUCCCUCAGCCAGGUGCUGGCACAGGAGGAGGUGCCGGCCAGCCCCGAGCCGGCGCCGGGCGCGGCAGAGACUGUGGAGCUGGUGCACUACGAGCCCGAGCUGCUGCAGCUGCUGGGCUCGGCCGUGGAGUACCAGGCGUGGAGCAGCUGACGGGCACCGGCCACUCCCGGCAUCACGAGGCAAUAAUAAAAGGACCAAGGGGAAGCAGCUCUCUCAGCGCCAGCAGCAGGGGCCGAGCCUUUGAGCAGCCGCUCCUCCUCUCCUCAGGGUCUCCGCCGGCUGGGGAGGGAGGACCCUC